AUGAAUACCUACCACAGUUUGCUAUUCCUUUUGGCCUUCGUACUUGCGGUUAACUACACCUUCGCAAAGGUCACUGCGGACACACAAUGCAAAAAUGGUUAUGUAGUCCAAAUGAGCAAUCAUUUUGAAUGCAAAUGCAACAACGGGUUUGUGCUGGCAAAUGAAAACACUUGCGAGGAAAAACGCGAUUGUACAAAUACACAAAAUGUAAACAAGAACUGUGGAGAUUAUGCUGUGUGCACAAACACCAGAGUGAAUAAUGAGGAAAGAGCAGUAAAAUGCGCCUGUAUAGCACAGUACACCUUAGUGAAGGAUGUGUGCAUUCCAAAUAAUUGUAACGGCAUUAUGUGUGAAAAGGGAAAGUGCAUCAUAGAUCCCUCUAACGCAAAUAAAAACGUGUGCUCUUGUAACAUAGGAACCACAUUGGAUGAAACUGGAAGAUGUGCAAAGCCAGGAAAAACUGAUUGCGCGUUGAAGUGUAAGGCAAACGAAGAAUGUAAAUUGACUGAGAAUUAUUACAAAUGUGUUGCGAAGGGAAGUGGUGGACAAGGUAGCGGAGGAGCAACAGGAGCAGCUUACAGUCUCAUGAACGGAUCUGCAGUAAUCAGCAUACUAGCUGUAUUCGCUUUCUUUAUGAUGUCAUUA